AUGAAUAAAAAUAAUAGAAACGAAGAACUCUUAAGAGAAUAAUAUUGUAAAACACAAGCCGAACGCAUUCUGGACAAACAACUAUUCAAAAAGACUAAAGUAAUUUACUCUAUAAAUUAGGGAUAACACUUGCAUUAAAUGGAAAAGUAGAUUUAUGGAGAUUAAAAUAAAAAAGUGAAAGUCGAGGAAAGUUCGUAGAAAGAGCAGAUGAGUUGCUAAUAAGCUAUGGGUUUAGUCCUCAAAUAUUUAAAUAAUGACAAUAAAAUAUUUACUGCUCUUAACAAAAUUAAGUUGCUAAUUAAGGAAUUUAAAAACAAAUUCUAUGAUUGCCAUUUAUUGUAAAUACUUUAUUGCAUAUCAAUAACUAAGUAUUAAUUCAAGCAACACGAAUGUGAUUAAUUGGUUAUCGAAAUCUUUGAUCUAUGUCAAAUACCCCAAUUCACAUAAGUAUUGGAUGUACUAAAAAUACAAUUGCAAACCAAAAUCAAACUCCAAACUGAUGACACCUACCAAUUUAAUAAUGUUCUUAAGGAAUUGAAGAAGAUAAUAGAUGAAUUGAAUACCCUUCAAGCAUUACAACCAGUAGAUAUUCUCUAAUUGAACUCACUAUAAUAGAUUGAGGCAUACGAAUAUGAAAUCCUACCUGAAUUCGAUCAAUUUCUUGUAAUAUCCUUGAUUUAUUGUAGAACAACAAAGAGACUCAAAGAUAAUAACAGUAACAGUAUGUGAUUAAUUGUUUGGAAGUGUUGAUUGAUCAAUUCAAAUAUCAAUGGGCCAAAACAAGCAUUCACACAUUCAUUCAGCAUUUGAAUUUUAAUCAAAAGUAUUAGAUGUUCUCACUUUAAUUAUUAGGUAAUAAUUUGAUGAAUCUUUCAGAAAAUAAAUUGAUGAAAUAAUAAGUAAGAUUUAGAAUGCGAAAAUACUUUAUAAUGCUAGUAAUGAUAGGGAGAUGGUUUAGAAUGCGAAGGUGAUGUAGGAUUAUUUGAAACCCAUUCAUGAUGUUGUGGAUAGUCGGGCCGUGGUGAAUACAGGGGAUGGUUUGGAUUAGUGGGGUUUGAAAUAGACUGGAUUAUGA